GGGGCGUCGCGGCGAUCAGAUUGGCUUGGCGUCGGAGGGGUCGCCUGGGCCGGGUGGGGAGGAGGCGGCCAGACCCGGUCGCCGGGCUGGAGUGGGCCGAGCGGGGGCUCGAGCGCUACCCGCACGGGGACAGCAGCCGAGCCGCGGACGCCGACGCCAUGCGCUGGGUCUGGGCGCUGCUGAAGAAUGCGUCCCUGGCAGGGGCGCCCAAGUACAUCGAGCACUUCAGCAAGUUCUCCCCGUCUCCCCUGUCUAUGAAGCAGUUUCUGGACUUUGGGUCCAGCAAUGCCUGCGAGAAGACGUCCUUCACCUUCCUCCGGCAGGAGCUGCCCGUGCGCCUGGCCAACAUCAUGAAAGAGAUCAACCUGCUUCCCGACCGGGUGCUCAGCACGCCCUCAGUGCAGCUGGUACAGAGCUGGUAUGUGCAGAGCCUGCUGGACAUCAUGGAGUUCCUGGACAAGGACCCCGAGGACCACCGCACCUUGAACCAGUUCACUGAUGCCCUGGUCACCAUCCGGAACCGCCACAACGACGUGGUGCCCACCAUGGCCCAGGGCGUGCUGGAGUACAAGGACACCUACGGCGACGACCCCGUGUCCAACCAGAACAUCCAGUACUUCCUGGACCGCUUCUACCUCAGCCGCAUCUCCAUCCGCAUGCUCAUCAACCAGCACACCCUCAUCUUCGACGGCAGCACCAACCCGGCCCACCCCAAGCACAUCGGCAGCAUCGACCCCAACUGCAACGUGUCCGAGGUGGUGAAAGAUGCCUACGACAUGGCCAAGCUCCUGUGUGACAAGUAUUACAUGGCCUCACCUGACCUGGAGAUCCAAGAGGUCAACGCCGCCAACGCCACCCAGCCCAUUCACAUGGUCUACGUCCCCUCCCACCUCUACCACAUGCUCUUCGAACUCUUCAAGAAUGCCAUGCGGGCCACUGUGGAGAGCCACGAGUCCAGCCUCGUUCUCCCCCCUAUCAAGGUCAUGGUGGCCUUGGGCGAGGAAGAUCUGUCCAUCAAGAUGAGUGACCGAGGUGGGGGCGUCCCUUUGAGGAAGAUCGAGCGCCUCUUCAGCUACAUGUACUCCACGGCCCCCACCCCCCAGCCCGGCACGGGGGGCACCCCACUGGCCGGCUUUGGUUACGGGCUGCCCAUCUCCCGCCUCUACGCUAAGUACUUCCAGGGGGACCUGCAGCUCUUCUCCAUGGAGGGCUUCGGGACCGACGCCGUCAUCUAUCUCAAGGCCCUGUCCACGGACUCGGUUGAGCGCCUGCCCGUCUACAACAAGUCUGCCUGGCGCCACUACCAGACCAUCCAGGAGGCCGGUGACUGGUGCGUGCCCAGCACAGAGCCCAAGAACACGUCCACGUACCGGGUCAGCUAGGGGCCACGUGCGCCCACACACAGGAGGACAGACUGCCGUCUGUGGGUCCGGCCACCAUGGGGCCCUCCCCACCCCUCCCUCCGGAGGCGGAGGUGGGGGUGUCUUCUUGAUGACCAGGUUCUGUCUGUGUGGAAGUCACUGCAGUGACCAGUCUGGUGGUUCCUAAGUGCCAAUCUGUCUCCACGGAGACACCUAGGUGGUCUCCCUGGGGUCCACUCUUCGUGGGUGAUGCCUGAGGGCCGGGGUUCAUGGCUCCACCCUGAUAGGAUGCCCCAGAUACCCUGUCCCAUGGCAGUCACUCUCCUGCCAGGGAUCCUGGGUCCCCCUCACUGCCCACCACACCCCCAGUCUUCCAAGUGGACGCCCUGCUUGCCUUAUUCUCCACCAGUGGGCACACUGCCCUGGCCACUGUCAGUAUCAGGAAGGGUCCAGGUGCCCCCAGACCUGGGAGUGAGUGGGAAAGGGGGGCGCUCUUGGCCCCGGGUCAGGGACCUGGUCUUGGAGUUUCUCCUCCACUCUGGGCAUUAAGAUCAAGGUGGGAUGGGCACAGCUCUGGCCCAAGGCUCACCCUAAAGGAGAGGAACCCAAGAAGCCCCCGAGGCCACCUGCCCAGCCAAGGACCCUCAGAUGACCUUGGCCAUGGUGGCACUGCCUCCCAUGCCCUUGCCCAGCAUGUCUGCACAUGCGCAGCCCGCCCUGCCCUGCCACACCCACCCUGUCCUGCCUGAGCCCCAGACCCUAGAGCCCACAUGCCCGACCCUGUGCCUGGUGGCUUCCUCCCUGGGAUGUUCUCUGUACAUAGCUAGUUUUAUAACCCUGGGUGCCAACCCCCAAGGACACAGGAGGCUAAAGCUGUGUGUUCCUCCCAGUGGCUGACAGUGACAUCCGCAGUAAAGAGGAGAUUGAAUAAGA